AUGGCAUUCAAAUUCGUCACUUUGUUCGCUGCUCUCGUAGCUGUUGCCAGCGCAGGUGUUGUCCCAGCCACUCCAUUGGCCGCCGUUGCUAAGUUUGAGGAAUACGACCCCCAUCCCCAAUACUCAUACGGUUAUGAUGUUAAGGACGCCAUCUCUGGUGACUCCAAGACCGCCGUGGAAACCCGUGAUGGUGGUUUCGUACAAGGUCAAUACUCCUUGAAUGAUGCUGAUGGUUACAGACGCAUUGUUGACUACACUUCUGACCCCAUCAACGGUUUCAAUGCUGUUGUCCGCCGUGAACCUUUGGUAGCUGCCGCUCCCGUUGUCAAGGCUGCCGUAGCUGCUCCCGUCGUUGCUGCCCCAGCUCCCGUUGUUAAGGCUGCCGUUGCUGCUCCCUUCACCUAUGCCGCUGCCGCCCCUGUUGUGAAGGCUGCCUAUGCUACCGCUCCUUUCACCUAUGCUGCCGCCCCUGUAGUCAAAACUGUUGCCCCAGCUCACUUCGGUUAUGCUGCCCCUGCUGCUUAUGCUGCCGCCCCUGUCGUCAAAGCUGUUGCUCCAGCUACCUUCGGUUAUGCUGCUCCAGCUGCUUAUGCCGCCGCUCCCGUAGUUAAGGCUGCCGUUGCCGGUCCAGCUGUCGUCAAAACUAGCUUCGCAUCUCCCCUUAUCUCUUACGCUUAUUAA